AUGACCUCGGCCUGUCCAGGCGACAAGUGCACGGACGACGAGUGUUUUCGCUCGUCCAAGUCGAUUCAGCACUUACUGGACAAUAACAAGAAAUGGCGGGAAGACUUGAUGAAACAGGACUCGUCGCUAUUCGACCGAACGGCUGAAGGGCAGCACCCGUCGUACCUCUGGAUCGGGUGUUCCGACUCUCGCGUCCCGGCCGAAGAAGUCACGGGACUCGUGCCGGGGGAGAUGUUCUGCCAUCGCAACGUGGCCAACUUGGUGGUCACCAACGACAUCAACAUGCUCUCGGUCGUCCAGUAUGCGGUCGAGUCGCUCGAAGUCAAGGACAUUAUCGUGUGCGGCCACUAUGGCUGUGGAGGCGUCAAGGCCGCUAUGGAGAACAAACACAUUGGGAUCCUGGACACGUGGCUCCGCACGGUUCGGGAUGUCCAUCGCAACCACAAAGAGGAACUUGACGCCCUACCAAAUGAUGAGGCGCGGUACCGACGGACGGUCGAGCUCAACGUGAAACAGCAGUGCCUGAACAUUUUCAAGAUGAACGUCGUCCAGCAUCGCAUUGGGCGUCCCAAUGAGCCCAAUAUCCAUGGCCUUGUGUACGAUAUCCACACGGGUGGAUUAAAGGAGCUCAAGGUGAACUACUGCGGCUACUUUUGCAAACUUGUGGGCGACGACAGUCUCCAUGCGUUUCCCGAUGGUGAACCUACAAUGGGCUUGGCCCAUCGACGCCGAAAUACCAUCUUGGAUCUUGGAGACGGGCUCGAGCGAAAACCAGGCUUGGUUCGCACUCGAUACAUGGCUCGCAUGCUCAAACGCGAGACCGAUCUUUUUACGCCAGAGGAAGUGGACGAAGCCAUUGCAGCGAUCAGGGGGCAGAUGGCGGAUCCCUUCAGUGCUUUCAUGAAUAUCAAGGACCUCAUUGCUUACUUUGCGCCCAUGAAGCCCAGACAGUCAGAGUAG